AUGAACCGAUUCAGCCUUCGCGCGGCGUCGCGCCACUUCCAAUCGGCGACUCGCCGUCCCACUCCUAUCGCACAGGGACUAGCUGCACGCAACACAUCGGUACGGGACUAUGCGACAUUUAACUGGGAGGAUCCACUGGUUGCGUCGGAGUUGUAUACAGAAGAGGAAUUGGCUAUUCAGGACACAGCGCGGCAAUAUUGCCAGGAGCGAUUGAUGCCCCGGGUGCUUGACGCCUACAGAAAGGAAGACUAUGACCGCAAAAUUCUCGAAGAAAUGGGCGAACUUGGCCUCCUGGGCGCGAACCUUCACGGAUACGACUGUGCGGGCGUGAGCACCGUCGCCUACGGAUUGAUCACCAAGGAAGUCGAGCGCGUGGACUCUGGUUACCGGUCUGGAAUGUCAGUUCAGGGAUCGCUGGCUAUGACUGGUAUCUACGAAUUCGGCAGCGAAGAACUGAAGCAGCGACUUUUGCCGGGUCUGGCCAAGGGCAAGCUGUCUGGGUGCUUUGGACUUACGGAGCCUAACCACGGCUCGGACCCUGGGUCGAUGGAGACUGUUGCCAGGGAACAUCCGACGCAGAAGGGCGUGUAUCUGCUGUCUGGGUCGAAGACGUGGAUCACCAACUCGCCCAUUGCGGAUGUGAUGCUGGUGUGGGCUAAGUUGCAGAGCACGGGGAAGAUUCGCGGGUUCGUGGUUGAGCGCAGCCGCUGCCCGCCUGGUACGCUGGAGACGCCUGCGAUUAAGAACAAGAGCGCCCUGCGUGCGUCGAUCACCGGUAUGAUCCAGAUGGACGAGUGCCCGGUUCCCGCAGAGAACAUGCUCCCCGACGUCGAGGGUCUCAAGGGUCCGUUUACGUGUCUCAACAGCGCCCGGUUGGGUAUUGCAUUUGGCGCGAUGGGUGCGCUGGAAGACUGCCUUGCUCGCGCACGGGAGUACUCGUUGGAGCGCAAGCAGUUCAAGGGCAACCCGUUGGCCAAGUACCAGCUGAUUCAGAAGAAGUUGGCGGAUGCGGCUACGGAUGCGGCGUAUGGGACAUUGGCUGCUACGCAGGUUGCGAGGUUGAAGGAUGAGAAGAAGAAUACGCCUGAGAUGAUUUCGAUGGUUAAGAGGCAGAAUUGUGAUCGGGCUUUGACUAAUGCGAGGGUACUGCAGGAGAUCCUGGGCGGCAAUGCGACGAGCGACGAGUACCAUAUUGCCCGCCAUGCAGCCAACCUGUUUGUGGUGCAGACGUAUGAGGGCCAGAGUGACAUUCACGCUCUGAUUCUCGGCCGUGCGAUCACCGGUGUCCAGGCGUUUGUUUAG